AUGGGCAAGAACAAGAUCCGCAGCAAGGAUAAGGCGAGGAAAGACAAGACCUCUAUAAGCGACACCAAUGGCUCAAGCACUCCCUCGACAUGGACAUCUGACCAUGGGGCUGUCAUAACCAGAUCCACUAGCAAUACAUCUGGUAGCAGGCAGUUACCAACAGAACCCCCCGGGAAAACGCUCUGUGUUCCGACCAUCGCCUCACUCAAAGAUACGACUACAUCCAGCCCUUCCUCCGGCUCAUCGCCGGCUCCUCCGAUAACGCGUGCAAAGCGUGCAGAAGACAAACGAGACUCGGUCAUCUCAAGCACAUGGGAAGGUCCAAAGCAGCUGUCCGGACCUAAAGCUACCACCGCAGCCCGACCUCGAUGGGGCUUCAAGCCUCGCAACUGGUGGCCAUGUCGCACAAUACAAUGGAUAUACCGCUUCUGCGUCGCCCUGACUCGAAUACGCUGGACCGACAAGCAAACCUCCAAGGACCUCAUAUUAACACUCGCCUUCAUCGGUAUAGUCGUGGCCGGUGGCUACGUUGCCCUGGACGUACUGCUCAACGCAAUACCCGGUGUCUCGGCUCAAGCCGUGGAUGGCAACUGCAGCAUCGUCUAUGUCACUGUUCCUGGACCGAUCAUCACCAUUUCGCUCGUUGGUGCGUCGCCGACCAAUCCGGCAAAAGGCACGUACUACUUUUCAGUGGUGAAUAGUACGACGGAGUGGCUGGACAGUAUUGCGCCGCCUAGUCGGUUCAGACGAUGGCUUCACCGUGUCUCUACCCAGUCCUACUACAGGACCGACUCUUUCUGCCGACAUAUCGUCAAGCACCUCCAUGAGCCUGACGAGCAGUAUCGGCAGUUCUGCAAUACCGCCGUCAACGAGUCUCACACGAUCACUAUCUACAUCUUCUCCCCUGUCGCCAAGCAGCUCCGGUUCAUCUACUCUUCCCACCAGCUCAGGCAGCUCCUCCGUCGUGCCAUCGACAGGUUCCACUUCGUCGCCCUCUUUGAUCUCCUCAACCGGGAGUUCCAUUUCGAUACCGGGGAUGUUACCGACUUCAGCUCCAUCAUCCGCUCCAAGCAGUACACCCAGCCCUACAUCGUCGUUGAGCUCUUCGAGUCAGCCUUUGACUAG